GAAAGUGGCCUCGAUCUGAAACUACGUGCGUUCGGCCCAGGAGAAGAAGUCCAAAAAAACAACAAUCAAAUCAAAUCGAGUGUCUCAUGUGCCGAUCGCCGGCGGUCGUUUCAAACGUCUUUUAUUUUUCAAAUUCCCGACAGUUGACGACACGUCCAUUGAAAAGAAGUUUUCAACGCAGUUUAUUCUCAACAAAAGAAAAAAGAAUAAACGACCCGAUUUCGGUGGGUGGGAGGUGUAUGAAGAAAAAAGGGAGAAAGGAGAUUGGUCGCUGCGUGUUUUCCACGAGUUUGCGUGUGCGGGACUGGCGGCGGCGGCAGCGCUCUUGUUGUUCGGUUGUUGCCGUGUACGUGUGUGUGAACGAGGAGGGCCCUACCCUUUUUUCUUCUUUUUCUUUUUCUUUUUUAUUUUCUUUUUCCUUUUUUGUCUGGGGUUCCUUUUGUGGAGUUGUUUUUCCAGUGGUGGUGCUGGUGGCCGUCUAUCGGUGGCGGCAGCUAGCGGAAGGCGGCUUCUAUCUGGUUCUCCAGUGGCUCGAGAGCUCCCUCAUCCCUCCCACCUGAUAGGGUGGCGACCAAUAGGCGAGCAAGACGCUUGUCGGCCGCUCCGAACGGCAGCCAACACAACACGACCAAAAAAGAAGGUACACAAAAAGAGGAAGGGGGAAAAGGUUCCAUCCCCGCCGCUGGUGGUAGAGAGAGCUAGACACACACACACACACAGAGGACAACCCACCCCACCCCCACCCCCCUUCUUCCCAGCCCCAGAGUUUUCUCUAUGACUACCUCCAGCUCCCGAGCGGAUCAGUUCAGAAAGCGGCUCACCUCCGCUUUUAACAGUGGCCUCCUCCGCUCGCUCCCAAAUUUUUUAAAAAGUCUUUGACUUCCAAUUCUCGUUUUCUAUUCCCUUCGACUUUGGCUUGUUGUUGUUCUUCCAGUUCAUUUGAGAACUUUGAUUCAAACAACCCAGUCGCUUCAUUUUUCGCCAGACUCACACACACACACACAAGUGCAUCUUUAUUUUUGAGCUGAUUCUCUCAAGUGUUUGAUCGACUUUGAUCUGUGCUCGUUUCGAUCCUGCGACCAAGUGCCAAGCGCCCAGCCAACUUAACCCAACGUUUCGUUGUUUUUGCCGAUGGACAGCGGACUUCACUCACACCAGCGUCCGUCAGUGGACUCAUCCAGCUCUCAUUAUUCCAAGGCAGCAGGUUUUGCUGCCGUCUGUGAUGUGGCUACGCCUCUACUGACUCCACCACACACGCCCACUUCUUCCGAGUUGAGCAAGCACAGCUUCAACUUUGAGCAGCAGCAGUCCAGCCCGACCGGCCAGCACCACCGCUUGUCGCCUUCCAGCAGCCAGCACCGAGCCACCAUGGAAGCCGCCGCCAAAUCGUUCCCCUUUUUCCUGCCCUUUGGUCUGCCCGGCUUGGCCGGCAUGCCUCUGCCCGCCGGAAUGUCCCAUCUGGCCGUUCACCAAUACGGAAUGAACAUGCGAGAGCCGUCGGCUUUUCGACCGGUCGCCUGCCCACCCGCCCGCUCAUCCGAAGCGGCCGCCACCUCUUCGACUCCGGCCAAUAUGGGGCCGUCGGUGCCUGCCGGCUCUCCGGCGGAAGCCAACAACUCCUCUUCGGCCCGUUCUCCAUCGGUCGAAUCCGAUCUGGCUCGUGAUUACUCGAUGAAGAAGCGACCGGCUCCUUGUGACUCGUUCAGUUCCAAAGACCAGCAGGGACCUGUUGCUCCUCCUCAGCCGGGCCGGCAGCAGAAUUUCCUGCCACCUCACCACAACCCGCAAGCCAUGCUCGAAGCGGCCGCCAUGCUCCAAGGCCUACAGUCGCGCAUCGACUUGGCCCAGCUGGCCGCUCACGCAGCCAAGAACGCCAAGCAGCAAGACGGCGGAGUCAACUCCGGGCCGGCUCCCACCAACAACAGCGGCCAGCAGGACGCCUCGGCCGCCCAGCAAGCCGCUCUGCGCGGUCUCCAGAAUUCUUACGGACUGCAGAACAUUCCUCUGCUGAUGGGCCCGUGGCUCCGCGCCGGCAACCUCCCGCCUUUCUACCCCGGCCAGUACGAUCCUCGUCUCUUCCGCGGACCCGGCCGCGCUUCCCGCCCCAAGAAGCAAUUCAUCUGCAAGUUCUGCAACCGCCAGUUCACCAAGUCCUACAAUUUGCUCAUCCACGAGCGAACCCACACCGACGAGCGGCCCUACUCUUGCGACAUUUGCGGAAAGGCCUUCCGUCGACAGGAUCAUCUUCGUGACCACCGUUACAUCCACUCGAAAGAGAAGCCGUUCAAAUGCGCCGACUGCGGCAAGGGAUUCUGCCAAUCACGGACGCUGGCCGUCCACCGCAUUCUGCACUUGGAGGAGUCGCCGCACAAGUGCCCCGUCUGCGCCCGCAGCUUCAACCAGCGCUCCAACCUCAAGACGCACAUGCUGACGCACACGGACCUCAAGCCCUACGAGUGCACGUCGUGCAAGAAAGUCUUCCGGCGCAACUGCGAUCUCCGCCGCCACAUCAUGACCCAUUCGGUCGGCAGCGAAGGCAACGUGACGCUGACGUGCGUUCCGGGCGUCGACGACGACGACAGCGUCGCCGACAGCGCCGACGAGAUCGACAUUGACGUCGAGGACGAAACGGCCUCGUCUCCCGUCACUUCCGACGCCGAGAGCGGCGUCUGCUCCUCGUCGCUGGACGAAGACAAAUCAUCUCCGCACCAUCACCACUCGAUGAGCGGCGGCAAGUUGCCGAAAAAGAGCGGAGGAUUCUCCAUUGACGACAUCAUGAGACGUUGAGACACA